UUCUAGCGUACAUACGGAACAGACAGUGGGAUAAUAGCGGGCACGGGAAGGGAGAAAGGAAAGGGGGCGGACAGCAAUUUUAGCCCUCCAUCAACGGCACAAUUUAUACUGUUAUAAAUAUAACUGUACAACUACCAAUUUAUUCAUAAGAAGAAGUGAAAGCCGCCAAAAUGGCACAGCCAGACAACCAAAGCAAGAGAUUCUUUGAGAGUCUGUCGGGAGCAGGGAAAUCCAUCGCAGUGCUGACUAGCGGAGGGGAUGCUCAAGGAAUGAAUGCCGCUGUCCGGGCAGUCGUUCGAAUGGGAAUCUACGUGGGAGCCAAAGUUUACUUCAUUCGGGAGGGAUACCAGGGUAUGGUAGAUGGUGGAGAAGAGAACAUAAAGGAGGCAUCAUGGGAAAGUGUAUCCAGCAUGUUACAAAUGGGUGGCACUGUCAUUGGCAGUGCACGGUGCAAGGAGUUCCGGUCCCACGAGGGGCGUCUGAAGGCAGCCCACAACCUGGUGCAGCGUGGCAUCACCAACCUGUGUGUGAUCGGAGGGGACGGCAGCCUCACUGGGGCCAACCUCUUCAGAGAGGAGUGGAGCGGACUGCUGGAGGAACUGGUCCAGCAAGGGUUGGUUGAUGAAGAUGCUGUCCAGAAGUAUUCAGCCCUGCACAUCGUCGGGAUGGUGGGGUCUAUCGACAACGACUUCUGUGGCACCGACAUGACAAUCGGGACGGACUCCGCCCUGCACAGGAUCAUAGAGGUGGUGGAUGCAAUCAUGACCACCGCACAGAGCCACCAGAGGACAUUUGUGCUGGAGGUCAUGGGCAGGCAUUGUGGAUACCUGGCUUUAGUGAGUGCCCUGGCGUGUGGUGCUGACUGGGUGCUGAUUCCUGAGAUGCCCCCUGAGGACGGCUGGGAGGAGAAGAUGUGUCAGAAGCUAUCUGCGAACCGGGCAGGAAUGAAAAGGCUGAAUAUCAUAAUAGUAGCCGAGGGGGCAAUUGAUUGUAACAACAAGCCCAUAACGACAGACCAUGUCAAGGAUCUUGUUGUCAGAUGCCUGGGGUUUGAUACCCGUGUGACAAUCCUGGGCCACGUCCAGAGAGGAGGAACCCCCUCUGCCUUCGACCGGAUCCUGGCCAGUCGUAUGGGUGUGGAGGCUGUCAUUGCCUUGUUGGAGACUACAGCUAAUACACCGGCCUGUGUGGUCUCUCUGUGUGGAAACCAGGCGGUGAGACUGCCUCUCAUGGAGUGUGUACAGAUGACUCAAGAGGUGCAGAAAGCCAUGGAUGAGAAGAAGUUUGAAGAGGCUGUGAAGCUGCGCGGCAGGAGUUUUGAAAACAAUCUGAGGACUUACAAGCUCCUGGCUCACCGUAAACUAGAAUCAGAACUGCCACAUAGUAACUUCAACAUUGCUGUGUUGAAUGUGGGAGCCCCCGCAGCGGGCAUGAACGCUGCUGUCCGCUCUGCCGUCAGGGUGGGCAUCUCUGAGGGACACAAGAUGUUCGCUGUCAACGAUGGCUUCGAGGGAUUCUACAAGGGUCAGAUAAAAGAGAUCAAAUGGGCAGAUGUCGGGGGAUGGACAGGGCAAGGUGGAUCUCUGUUGGGAACAAAACGAACUCUCCCUGCAAAGCAUGUUGAAAAAAUUGCUGAGCAGAUGCGAGCACAUAACAUAAAUGCAUUGUUAGUUAUCGGAGGAUUCGAGGCCUACCUGGGACUCAUGGAAUUGUUAGAAGCCCGUGGGAAAUAUGACGAGUUCUGUGUGCCCAUGGUCAUGGUGCCAGCCACUGUCUCCAACAAUGUGCCGGGUUCAGACCUCAGCAUUGGCGCUGACACAGCUCUGAACGCCAUCACUGAUGCGCUUGAGUGUCUUCUGCAGCUGUAUGAGGCUCGGUCCAGCUAUGAGGAGUUUUGCAUCCCCAUGUGUAUGCUGCCUGCCACCAUUAGUAACAAUGUGCCUGGCACUGACCUUAGUAUUGGGGCAGACACAGCCCUCAAUUCCAUCGUGGAGACAUGCGACCGCAUCAAGCAGUCUGCCAGCGGGACCAAGCGGCGUGUGUUCAUCAUUGAGACCAUGGGAGGGUACUGUGGGUACCUGGCCAGUGUCGGGGGGUUGGCUGCUGGGGCGGACGCUGCCUACAUCUACGAAGAACCCUUUGACAUCAGGGACCUUCAGUCCAACGUUGAGCAUCUGACAGAGAAGAUGAAGGGAGCCAUUCAAAGAGGAUUGGUCCUCAGAAAUGAGAACAGCAACGAGAACUACACGACAGACUUCAUCUACCAGCUGUACUCUGAGGAAGGGAGAGGAGUGUUUGACUGCAGGAAGAAUGUACUAGGACACAUGCAGCAGGGAGGGGCACCAUCUCCUUUCGACCGCAACUUUGGGACAAAGAUCUCAGCCAAAGCCAUGCUAUGGCUCACCAAGAAAAUGAAUGAGACCUUCAGACAAGGGAGAGUGUUUGCCAACACAGAAGACACGUGCUGUCUGUUGGGGAUGCGUCGCAGGGCCCUGGUCUUCCAGCCCGUCGUACAGCUGAAGGAUGAAACUGACUUUGUCCACAGGAUCCCUAAGGAACAGUGGUGGCUGAAGCUCCGCCCCCUGAUGAAGAUCCUGGCCAAGUACAAGACCAGCUAUGACGUGUCCGACUCUGGCCAGCUGGAGCACGUGGUCCGCAACAUCAGGCCCAAGGAGUCGGACCCCUCCGGUGCCAUGUGAGCAUCUGUUGUCAUAGGUCUGUCUGAUUGUCCCCUUUAGAACUGGUCCCCAUUGUAAAAGUCCCUCCUUUUUUGUUUUAUUUACAAACCGGCGUAUACAGUAGGACUAGGAAUGUCUGUCUGUCACCAUUGAGAGCUCUCCAGCCUAACUCCAGUGCUUCUGUCUGUUUUCACACUGACCCGCCUGCUCCAACAACCCAUACCCCCUCAGACCACUGGCAAUUUCUAUUUCUAACUCAGUCGUCGUGUCUGUCCCUUGCCCUGUCAGUCACUGUGGCUGUGUUGUCAAUCAGUGACCCUUUUUGUUGAACUGUACUUUCUCCUUCCUCCUCUGACACCCUGAUGUCUGUUCCCAAGACUAACCAGUCUGAGAAUAUGUAACACCAUACGGUAGUUCUGCCAGUGUGAAGUUACUGGCCAUAUUUACGUACCUGUAAGACUGAAUGGAAUACAAUGCUGAUAUUGCCUGUGGGUUUCACAUCACAAAUGUUUUGUUUUUGUUUUAACUUCAUGUUAAUUUGCUUGAAACAUGGAUAUAUUAUACAACUACUAUUUAGACACUACUUAAAGUAGGAGUCAAAUGUAAUGCACCAUUAAUUUAAAUGUGUACGGCCAAUAUUUCCCACACAAUAAACAUUAUUAAACAUGAAAAUACAAAGAAA